AUGAGGUUGCUGGUCUUGUACCUAUUUUUGGAUUACAUCCCAGGUGCCUUGCUAAAACAGACAUGCAAGCACUAUGAUGUGGCUAAAUAUCUCAAUAUCACAGAACGUGAAGACCUGUUAUUAAUGACUAUGCCAAAGAAUAACUGGACAGAACCGCUACUGAUCACAGUGGAUUUAGUGUUUAUCUCCAUCCUAGAUGUGAUGUGGAAAAAUGAUUUCUUGUCAUGGGAUCCUCAACAAUUCUGUAAUAUAAGCCAUAUAACAGUACCAUUGUCCUACUUCUGGGUGCCGGAUCUAUACUUCCUUGAACAAGUUGUUGAGGAUGCGUCCCCUUGGAUGAGGUAUGCCAAUGUGAGCCAUGAGGGAAUUAUUACAGCUCUUAAACCAAUGCGUUUGACAAGCACGUGUAUUUUGGAUUUUUACUACUUUCCAUUUGAUAUUCAGAAAUGUUCUGUAACUAUUACCAGUACUAUGCAUCUUGAGAGCAGCAUUGUUUUGAAGUCUCUGAAGAAUUCCUCUGAGAUACGCAGUGAAGAGGAAAAGUUCGUUGUUGACCAUGGAGAGUGGCAUCCUCUAGAUUUAGUUGUGAAAGAAAAGCCACUGAAUGGCUACUCAACCCUCCUGUGCACGGUGGUUAUACAGAGGCAGUCAAGCCUUUACGUCUUUGCCUUAAUCUUACCUUCUUUCUUUCUGCUGAUUCUGGAUCUUUUAAGCUUCUACAUUCCCAGAUCAUACAAUGAAAAAAUCAGUUUCAAGAUUACUGUGCUCUUGGGAAUAUCUGUUCUUACACUUAUACUUAAUGAUUUAUUACCCGCAUCCUCCGAUGCUCCUCCGAUAAUCGUAUUGUUCGUUAUUGGUACAAUGAGUCUCAUGACUGCUGGGAUCCUAGAAACCAUUUUCGUUAUGUACAUUGGAGGUAAAAUCUUAAGGCCAGAUUCAACUUCUGCUAAAACAAAUCUGCUAUAUGAAGGAAACAUGCUAAAGUCUUGCUCUGAAGAGGUUAAGUUAGAGGAGGAGAAGGUCCUGGAAGGUGGAGUAGUCUGGAUGCUAGAAAGGAUUUGCAGGGACAUGCACUUAGUGAAGGAACAGAUCCUGUCUCUUAGAAGCACAAAAGAACUGGAAGCAAAAUGUGCAAUGUUUCAGGAAAAGAUCGAGAAGUUGGUUUUCUACAUCCAUCUUGUGCUUGUUACUGCUUUUUAUGUUACACUUUUCAUCAAAUGGAAAUGGUGACAAUAUCAGAAGCAAUGUGGAAUACCGCAAUUAAAUGAAGGUGUACAGUAUACAGAAAAAAACGUCACCAAUGUUGGGAAAUCUUUCCUGUAAAUAAAGAAAAACUUCUGCAGCGUUCUAACAUGUUGCAUAUAAAUUAUUUCUAAAGUGGACCUAAACUUUCGAAAUGCCAUAAAGACAUGUCAGCAGUUGUGGUUGGUGGAGGUCCGACUAGUGAGACCCCCACCAAUCGCUAGACCGAAGGGACAGAAGCGCGCUUCUGAGCUAUAUAGGGGGAAUUGGUCUUUGGUUCUUGUCUGUUUUUCUCUGUUUUUAGUUGUUUUUCUCUGCAUUUAUUUUUCUUACGUUGAAUUUCAUGGAUUGGAGGGACAUUUAUUUACACGGUGUGGUAAAUUUC